AUGGCUAUCUUGAGGGGUUUGAUUGUGGAAAUCACUUUGGUUCUCUUCAUGAUAUAUUUGGUUUUUCGCUCCAGUAGAGUGGUAGGAGGUACAAGUAUUUCUAGUCAAGAAGAAGAUGAAGAUCUGGAAUUGGAGAGACAACUAAAGCUUCUUAACAAGCCACCAGUGAAGUCUAUCAAGACUGAUUAUGGAGAUAUUUAUGAUUGCGUGGAUAUCAAGAAGCAACCAGCGUUCGAUCAUCCCUUACUGAAAAGUCAUACUAUUCAGAUGAAGCCCAGCUCCUUACCAAAAGGGAUGAUGAAUAAAGAAUCGUUAAAAAUUAAACCUUCAGAAAUUGGGUUCAAGAGUAAUGGAUGUCCACCAGGUACAGUCAUCAUUCGGAGGACUCAAAAGGAAGAUUUAAUAAGGGCCAGAUCUCUAGUAAGAAGAAAUCCUGGAAAUACUCAUCAACUUACAAAAGAAUCUCCUGGAUAUCAUUUUGCAGCUGUUAUGCUACAGAUACCAGAUACAAAGUAUUAUGGUGCCUAUGUAAAUCCAAAAUUAUUCGGUGACAGUCGAUGUCGACUAUUUUCUUAUUGGACUGCUGAUGGAUUUCACAAUACAGGUUGCUUUAAUCUCCUCUGUUCAGGUUUUGUACAAGUCAGCAGUGAGAUAACCUUUGGUUCAACCUUCAGUAACAUUUCUACUGCUGGGGGCCCACAAUUUGAACAAGAUUGGUUAGUGUUCAAGGAUCCAAAAUCUGGUAAUUGGUGGCUUGUAUUUGAACAUAACUAUAUUGGAUAUUGGCCAUCAAACAUCUUCACUACCUUAACUUACUUUGCAAAUACAAUAACAGCCGGUGGAGAGGUUUUUAGCCCCACAAACGAACCUAGCCCUCCUUUGGGGAGUGGCCAUCUACCAGAAGCACUCAACCUUAAAUCUACUGCUCUUGCUAGAAGGUUACAAAUCGUCAACAAGAGCAAUCAAAUUGUGGAUCCUAAUUAUGAUGAUUUUCGCCCUUUUGCGGAUAAUCCUAAAUGCUAUAAUGUGAUACGAGCUAUUCCUUGGGCUCAGACUGCUUGGAAAAAUUCCUUCUUAUUUGGGGGACCAGGUGGUGCUUGUGGGGUGUGA